AUGCACAUUGAUCGUUGCGUGUACUUGUUGCUUUUUUUAAUACAGCAAUUAGCUUCAUCUGAUUCGGGAGUGAGUAAGAAUGGCGAUGAUUAUGAGAGCCAUGAAAAGGUAAUGUACAUGGGAUGUUUUGCUUCAAUUCUACACACAAAAGCAGGCCACACGAUGUCGAUUGACGACUGCGCUCAUUUCUGCUCGGCUGAACCGGCAACUGUCUAUCUAAUCGCUUUUGUGAACGGUAUCGAAUGCUUCUGCCUCGAAACUGCCGAGUACCGAAUGGCCUCAAGUCUGUGUGACGUCACGUGCACCGAAGAUGACGUCAUCGCGUGGGAUGGUCGUUAUGAUGAUGAUGAUGAUUGCGGCGUGGGAUUGUUCGUGCCCGUGUUUAAAUUUAGGGAACUGAAAGAUUUUCGACAUUCCCAGCUAAGCGGAAUCUCUGAAGCGAGUGUUGGAGCCAAGCAGUUCCAUUCGGAAGACGCAUCAGCUCAGAUGCUACCACAGAUAAGAAACCACAUCAUCCACCAUUGUCUUGAUGGGGAAAGGCCACAGGCACUCUGCUCGAAUGGGUGCAAGCCCGGAUGGAGCGGGAAGAAUUGUAACACCAGAGAUUGUACAGUAUUCAACGGUGAUUGUGGUUCUACGAGAAUCUGCCAAACGACAAUUAUAAUUGGCGGAAAAUAUUCAGAAUGCGUCUGCCAGAACCCACAACACUACCAGGAUAAAUAUGGAAACUGCUUUCCCUACAAAAACAGAAAGAACGCAGCGUUCAGAAAAUCUGUACUAACAUCAUCUUCUUCCUUCUCAUCAUCAUCGUCAUCAUCAUCCUCUUCCUUCUCCUCUUCCUCCCCGCCAUUUCCGGGUCACGUGAUCGACGGGAAAAAGGCGGGAACGGAUAUUUUCCCGCUGCUACUUGGCGAAUGGGUGGCCGUUGACCUCUUGCAAGUGUCCAGAGUACACAGCGUGGCUCUACACCUUCAAGAUGACUGCGACGAUCAAACACCCCCCUACUCAGCACUGAUCGGACUGAGGGCAAGUAUGCAAAACUUCAGAGGAACCAACUUCAAACUCUGCGGAAGAAUCAAACCUACUGACUUUUUUAUGGAAAGCCAACAAGAUACGCCCUCCAACGAUAAAAAAUCACCUAUGGAAAGCCAAGCGGAAGGCGGGAACGGGCAACUUGUCGUCUGUACUGGUCGCCCGUCUGACGCGCGCUUUGUCAUAGUACAAAUAUCCGAUGAAGAUGAUGGUGAUGAUGGUGGUGGUAAUAGUAAUGGUGACGAUGGCGAUAGUGGUAGUGGUGGUGAUAAGGACGAUGGUGGUGGUGGUGGUGGUAAGAGUGGUGGUGGCGAGGGUGGUGAAGUUAAAAAAAAGUUUUUACCCAAUUCGUCUAAUCAGGUUUUGAAAAUUUCUGAAAUUGAUGUCUAUGAAGAGGACGAACAGGUUGAAGCUCUCCAAUACGUCGGCUGCUUCGGGAAAGUUAGUGGCGCCAAAAAUACGACGACGGACGUCGUCUCGCUGGACAACUGCUUCAGGUUUUGCUUUGCCCUCCACAGUCCUCAUCUCUAUGUCGCCAUCUCGCAACAACAACUACAAAAACCACAGAUAUCGAACACUAACACCUCGACGUGCCACUGCAAUCCCCGUCUCGACCUCUGGCUAAACUCUGAAAAUUGCACCUUCCGGUGCAAUCCGGAACAACUAUCCUGCGGCGGUCCCAACGUCUUUUCCGUUUAUUCCGUCGUGCCAUCAUCGUCUGCCUAUAGAAUCUGCCUUGAGCACUGCCGAGUCCAGCACAGCGAAUAUUUCGCCAUUAAGAAUAUGGAAGAUUGCUUUUGUGGUUUUUCCACAGACCAGCUGAAUAAGCAGGUGCAUAUUCAUGCCUGCAACUUGAUCUGCUACGACGCUAACAGCAAGAGGUGUGGGUCCAGGCAGCAUUUCUCGGUUUAUAAAAUUUUUUCGCGGUACAACUUUCUGGAGCCGGAUCAAAAUUUCCACUUCUGCAUGAACGAGCUUGAGGUCGUCGUCCACUCGUGCGAACCAGGGAUGUGCUUGCCCGGCUGGACCGGAGAGAUGUGCGAUGUCAGAAAUUGCUUAGAGAACAAAGGCAGUUGUCCGCACAGUUCUUUCGGUUGCGUGACGAACAUGGUGAACAAGAAACCGUUUGAUGAGUGCUUGUACCACAAACCCAUUCUGAAACCGAAAAUAUCAUGUUUACACGGCAGUAUCACCGGGCCUAAAACAUUUGGCUCUGAUCAUUGUGCUAACAUUCUCGGCGCUUGCGAUCCUGGAGAAUCAGAACUUUGCGAAUCCUCAUAA